CUGCCAGCCUCGCGGGCCGCGUGCUUCCCGCGCUCCCGGCCUCCUCUGCUCUGCUGCCUCUUUUCCCGCCCGUCUCCCACUUUCCUCCCCGGAGGAGGGGCUUCUCCACGGGAGAAAUGUCUGGAAUUCCGUUUCCGCUUUAGGGAGUGUACACCGAUACUUUUUUCCUCCUUCUUGCCUCAAAGUUGUCGUCAGUCGGGACAGUUUUCCGCGAGCUGUCCGGGAUUUAACCAUCAUACAUGGCGUCUUCUCCUCAGAAAUCUCCGUCUUCUCCUAAAUCUCCGACGCCCAAGUCUCCGUCCACCAGAAAGAAGGAUGACUCUUUCCUGGGAAAACUUGGUGGAACUUUGGCAAGAAGGAAAAAAGCGAAGGAAGUGUCUGAGCUUCAGGAGGAGGGAAUAAACGCCAUCAACCUCCCACUCAGCCCCUCACACUAUGAGCUGGACCCUGAGGACACCAUGCUGGAGGAAAACGAGGUGCGGACCAUGGUGGACCCCAACUCCAAGCACGACCCCAAACUGCAGGAGCUCAUGAAGGUGCUGAUCGACUGGAUAAACGACGUUCUGGUGUUGGACAGGAUCAUUGUGAAGGAUCUAGCCGAGGAUCUGUACGACGGUCAGGUUCUGCAGAAACUGUUCGAAAAGCUGGAAGGUGAGAAGCUGAACGUCGCAGAGGUGACCCAGUCAGAAAUCGCCCAGAAGCAGAAGCUGCAGACAGUUCUGGAGCGGAUCAACGACUCGCUCAAACUCUCCACCAGGAGCAUUCGGUGGAACGUUGACUCGGUUCAUGCCAAGAGUAUCGUCGCCAUCCUGCACCUGCUAGUGGCGCUGUCACAACACUUCAGGGCUCCGAUCCGACUGCCGGACCACGUUUCUAUCCAGGUGGUGGUGGUCCAGAAAAGAGAGGGCAUCCUUCAGUCCAGGCAAAUUCAAGAAGAAAUCACUGGAAACACUGAGGCCUUCUCUGGCAGACACGAGCGCGACGCCUUCGACACCCUGUUUGACCACGCUCCUGAUAAGCUGAACGUCGUCAAAAAGACAUUGAUCACAUUUGUGAACAAGCACCUGAACAAGCUCAACCUGGAGGUGUCAGAGUUGGACACACAGUUUGCAGACGGGGUCUACCUGGUGCUGCUGAUGGGGCUGCUGGAGGGAUACUUUGUGCCUCUCUACAACUUCUUUCUCACUCCAGAGAACUUUGAUCAGAAGGUUCACAACGUGUCCUUCUCCUUCGAGCUGAUGCAGGAUGGCGGUCUGGAGCGGCCCAAGCCCCGACCUGAGGACAUCGUGAACUGUGACCUGAAGUCCACCCUGCGCGUCCUCUACAACCUCUUCUCCAGGUACAGGAACGUGGACUGAGCGCUCCUCGCUGCACCUGAACACGCCACUUUCCACACACGUCCACGCAUGCGGGAGACGCCGCAGAGACGACCUUCAUGUAUUUAUUAGAGAUUUUAAAACACGUUCCAGUUUAACUCUAAAGUGCCUUUUUGAGCUCGAGGAUGCUGCGAUGGAGGAGCUCCUUUUCUUUCUUGCUUUGAUGCUGCAGAAUACACAUGAACCAAAGUCUUUCCUGUAUUUAGAUGUUCAGUUUUAGCUGAACUUCCAUAACUGUGUUCCUCUAAAAGCGUUGCAGAUGUGGGACCAGCUCAGUCUGACUGAAUCGAACCGUGUCCUGACUUUUCCCUCCUUUUGUUUUGAGCAUCAAACAGGUUUUAUGUUCAGAUGCAUUACAUGUAAUAAACAGUUCUUUGUCUGAA